AUGAGUUCUUUGUGCAACUACUCUCACCCAGAACUACAAAUUACAGAUGGCCUCAUCCGUCAAGACACGGGCCGACUCUUCCCAUACAACCCUGAGUUCUACAACACCGCGACAGGUCUGUAUGGCCCUGGUACCAUCUAUUGUUGGUACAUGCUUCUCGUCUCUGUUCUUAUCAGUUGGGCCUUUUGUCUAGCGGACAAGGACGAACCUAAGAAGCCAGGCCUUUCAAAUGAUCUUCUGGGAGCUCUGGCAUAUCCUGUAUUUGCCGCGACGGACUUGGUCGUGCAAUCAAUGAGGAUUUUGGGGAUGGAAAAGCGAGCACUCGCUAUCUUUUGCCUGCGGAAUCCAGCAGCUGAUCUUGACCUGUUUGGCCCUUUCAAUACCACGCAGCUCGACCUGAAUCAUAUUCCGCCCGAUACGGUGAUAUUGGGCCAGCGUGUCGUCGAUAUCACCGGGCCGCUGACUAUAUGCUAUUCUGCAAUACCGUUUCUUCUUAUUCUUAUCGUUGGGUUCAUGAUCGAUGCCGACUAUGCACGGAAUUGGAAGCCAAAGCCAUCAGCGCGCUGGGUGGUGAAUGUAGCUUAUGGCUAUAUCUCACUGAUGCUGACAGUAUUUCACUUCAGUCUCGGCGACAUAGGAACCAGCUUUUGCAUCGCUUUCUACGAGGCGAUGCUACCAGUGACGUUGACCUUCAUCUACCUCUCUACCGCGAUCAUCGGCCUGACAUUUCUUACUGGCAUCAUCAUGCUGGUUUGGUCAAUGAUUGAGAAGAACUACAAAGACGCGGUUGAAGCUCUAAAAGCUCUGGGAGGCUGUAUAUUCUUCGCGGGUAUGCUGGUAGUGCCAUCGAUGUUGAUGAUUCACCGAGACCGCAGUACUACGAUACCGGAUUUGGGAAUCAGGGUCAGUGAAAGGGAUCAGUUGGCCACCUUGAUUGUUGGUGUUGUGACAUUGACUUUUACGGUCGUUGAUGUUUUCAGGAACUUCUAUCAGGAGAGACAUCGAGAAGAAGUGGCAGACGUGGAGAUGCAAAUGCUGCCAGCUACUGAUGGAGCGGCUGCGCAUAGCUGA